UGUUAUGUGGUUGAACUGUCUUUGUUCCCUUUGUUUUUCAACCUUUUAGGAACUCGUUGUCGAUGAUGGAUUCGAAAAUAUUCGUGUUUCAAACGUCCGGGUUUCAUUUCUUCCUCUUUUUUUUACACGCCGCAUAUGGAGACAUGAGCUAUUCUUUUCCAGAGGAGAUGAAACGAGGAUCAGUUAUUGGAAAUGUAGCCAAGGAUCUCGGGCUCGACACGGGCGCGCUGUCCACCAGAAAAGCCCGCAUUGACACCGAUGGGACUGAUCAGCGUUACUGUGACAUAAAUCUGAACAACGGAGAACUGAUUGUUGCCGACAGGAUUGACCGAGAGGGGCUUUGUGGAGAAAAGGCUUCGUGCAUCCUAAAACAUGAGCUCGUGCUAGAAAAUCCCCUCGAGCUCCAUCGAAUUGGUCUUCAUAUUCAAGAUAUUAAUGAUAACUCGCCACAGUUUAAGGAAGAAUUGAUAAAUAUAGAAAUUCGAGAGUCCGCAGACAGGGGAGCUCGUUUUGUGAUAGAAGAGGCGCACGAUGCGGAUAUAGGACAAAAUUCAGUUCAGCAGUACAGCCUUAAAAAGAAUGAUAAUUUCAUUUUGGCUGCUAAUGGAAACACAAUAGAGCUUGUUCUUGAUAAAGAGCUUGAUCGUGAAAAGCAAAAGGAGAUCAAUUUGCUCCUUACAGCUCUAGAUGGUGGCUCCCCUCUGAGAUCAGGUACAGUAGUGAUACACGUCACCGUGCUGGAUGCUAAUGAUAACGCCCCAGUGUUCAGCCAGGCCAUUUAUAAAGCUAGUCUGCCAGAAAACUCUCCUUUAGAUACUGUAGUGGUCACAGUGAAGGCAACUGACGCAGACGAGGGAAUCAAUGGAGAUGUGACUUAUGAAUUCGGGCAUGUUACUGAAGAUGUGAAAAAGAUAUUUAGUAUCGACCGUAAAGUAGGUGAGAUUCGAGUAAUUGGCACUGUUGAUUAUGAAACUACCACAUCGUUUGAAAUACGCGUGAAAGCAAAAGAUGGGUUAGGACUGUCAUCUUAUGCUAAGGUAAUAAUUUCGAUCACUGAUGUGAAUGACAACGCCCCUGUAAUCAAUUUGAAAUCAUUGUCGAAUCCCAUACCGGAAGACACCACACCUGGUACAGAGGUGGGCAUCAUCAACGUGCAGGACAGAGACUCUGAGAGUAACCGACAGGUCCGCUGCUCCAUUCAGCAAAACGCCCCCUUUAAGUUGGUUCCUUCUAUUAAAAACUAUUAUUCUCUGGUGACCACAGGACAACUGGACCGUGAACUAGUGUCUGAUUACAACAUUACAAUCACCGCCACUGACGAGGGCUCUCCACCUCUGUCCUCCUCUAAAACUGUUCAGUUAUCUGUAGCAGACAUCAACGACAACCCACCGGUGUUUGAGGAACAGUCCUACAGCGCAUAUGUGACUGAAAAUAACAAACCUGGCUCCACUUUAUGUUCCGUUAGUGCUCGAGACCCCGACUGGAGACAAAACGGUACAGUGAUUUAUUCUCUGUUACCCGGUGAGGUGAACGGUGCCCCGGUGUCCUCCUAUCUGUCUGUUAACGGGGACACGGGGGUGAUCCACGCUGUGAGGUCGUUUGAUUAUGAACAGUUCAGGAGUUUUAAAGUCCACGUGAUGGCCAGAGACAACGGUUCUCCUCCGCUCAGCAGCAACGUGACCGUGAGUGUCUUCAUAUCGGAUGUGAAUGACAACUCUCCUCAGAUACUGUACCCCGCCCCGGAGGGCAACUCCUUCAUGACCGAGCUGGUCCCCAAAGCUGCACACGGAGGCUCUCUGGUGUCCAAAGUGAUAGCGGUGGACGCGGACUCCGGACAGAACGCCUGGCUGUCCUAUCAUAUAGUCAAAUCCACCGAUCCGGGACUUUUCACUAUCGGUGUCCACAGCGGAGAGAUCAGGACCCAGCGGGACAUUUCUGAGUCUGACAGCAUGAAACAGAACCUUAUUGUGGCAGUGAAAGAUAACGGACAGCCCUCUCUCUCUGCCACCUGCUCCAUG